UUAUAUAUUAGCUGCACCUCAAUUAUAAAAUCCACUAAUAAAAAUCUCGUCGCAAACUUAACAAUUGUCUUAUUCAUUCUUCCUAUAUGUAUUGAUCAAUCAACAAACACACCAAACCUAAUCUCUUCUACAAUGGCGGAGGUCGACGACUGCCGCGGCGUCCUCAAGGUUUACAGCGACGGCUCAAUCUGGCGCUCCGACAAGCCGAGCUUCCAAGUACCUGUAUUCGAUGACGGCUCAGUCGUGUGGAAAGACGUCGUAUUCGACGCGGCGCACGACCUUCAGCUCCGGCUCUACAAGCCAGCCGCUGCGGAAGCCUCCGCCAAGCUCCCAAUUUUCUACUACAUCCACGGAGGCGGCUUCUGCAUCGGCUCCCGGACAUGGCCCCAUUGCCAGAACUACUGUCUGAAGCUGGCAGCCGAGCUCCACGCCGUGGUUGUCUCUCCCGACUACCGGCUGGCUCCCGAGAAUCGGCUCCCGGCUGCAAUCGAGGACGGCUAUGCGGCAGUCAAGUGGCUUCAAGGCCAAGCCGCGGCUGAUGAUCCCGAUAGCUGGCUAACCGACGUGGCUGACUUUGGGCGUGUUUAUAUUUCAGGGGACUCUGCAGGCGGCAACAUCGCGCAUAACUUGGCGGUUCGACUCGGUGCCGGUUCUCCGGAGCUGACUCCGGUCCGAGUGAGGGGGUAUGUGUAUUUAGCCCCCUUCUUUGGUAGCAGUUGUUGGAGAAAGUCGGAGGCUGAAGGUUCCAUGGAUGCAACUCUGAACCUGGAACUGAUUGAGAGGUUUUGGAGAUUAUCGAUUCCGGUGGGUGAGAACAGGGAUUAUCCAGUGGUGAAUCCAUUUAGGGUUGGGGUUGGGGAGGUGGAUUUGGACCCUGUGAUGGUGAUCGUUGGGGGAUCGGAUCUGCUGAGAGACAGGGCACGAGAGUGUGCAGACAACAUUAAAAGUAAUAAUAAUAACAUUGUGGAGUAUGUGGAAUUUGAAGGGCAGCAACAUGGCUUCUUUGCUUUGAAUCCCGACUCAGAACCUGCCCAGGAAUUGAUGGCUCUCAUCAAAGCAUUUAUUGCCCGUUUUUAAGGACAGGCACGUUACUACGUAUCUUGUGCCUGUGUUGUGUUUGUUCUUCUUCUUCUUAUUAUUAUUAUUAAUUAAUUACUAUGUUGGUUUCUUAUAAUA